AUGGUUAGGGCUGACGCAUCCGUCAACAUCAAGGUGCUUCUAAAUGCAACGGCAGCACACUUUGGCUUCAGGCCUACAUACCGGAGGGUGUGGAUGGCGAAGCAGAAGGCGGUAGCAAUCAUCUACGGGGACUGGGAUGAGUCGUACAACGAGCUCCCUCGGUGGGUCUUAGGAGUUCAGUUGACUAUGCCUGGCACUGUAGCAGUCCUCAGGACCUGCACUGUUCGAGUUGGUGGACAGGUGGAUGAUUCUCAGGCUUAUUUUCAUAGGAUGUUCUGGACUUUUCCCCCUUGUAUCGAAGCAUUUCGUCAUUGCAAGCCGUUGGUGAGUAUUGACGGCACCCAUCUAUAUGGCAAGUAUGGGGGAACGUUGCUUGUGGCGAUUGCACAGGACGGGAAUUCCAACAUACUCCCUGUGGCAUUCGCACUAGUUGAGGGUGAGAAUGUUGAGUCAUGGUCCUUCUUUCUCUCCUACCUCCGUCAGCACGUGACACCUCAGCCAGGUCUGUUAGUUAUUUCAGAUAGGCAUAACGGCAUCAAGGCAGCACUUGAUGCACCUGAUGAGGGAUGGCUACCUCCGUCUGCAUACAGGGCAUUCUGCAUUCGACACGUUGCAGCGAAUUUUGCCCUCACCUUCAAGGGCAAAGAUGCCCGGAGGCUUCUUGUGAACGCCGCAUAUGCGAAGACCGAGGUGGAGUUUGACUACUGGUUCGACAUCCUGCGCUCUGAGAAUCCGGCAAUGUGUGACUGGGUGAACCGAAUUGAGUACUCGUUGUGGACACAGUACUGUGAUGAGGGUCGGAGAUUCGGACACAUGACGACCAAUAUAUCAGAGUGUGUCAAUUCAAUCCUUAAGGGGGUAAGGAACCUCCCCGUGUGCUCGCUAGUGAAGGCCACAUACGGAAGGCUGGCUGAGCUAUUUGUCCGUAAGGGGAGGGAGGCCGAGGCUCAGAUGGGUACCAGACAACAAUUCAGUCAAUACCUAGUAAAGUGUAUCGAGGCCAAUCUGAAGACAGCCAGGUGCUUCACGGUGACUGUUUAUGAUAGGGAUAACUCGGAGUACACCGUGGCAGAGACGACGCCAACAGGUUCAUUCUCACUUGGUACGUACAGGGUCUCACUGGGGUCUUAG